AUGGAUGUUAGCCUGCAGUUGCUAUGGGUAUUCCGGACAGUGGUGGUGUCCCUGUUACUGCAGUGCACGGUGGGCACUCACUACCGUCUGCUAGUGUUGCACACCAACGACAUGCACUCUCGAUUUGAUCAGAUUGACGAGACAGGUGCAAAAUGCGUCAUGGCCGGCCAGCAGUGUUACGGUGGUUUUGCGCGAGUCAAGGCGGCCGUCGACCGGGAGCGCCGUCGUGCAGACACUGGCGCAGUGGACGGCACGCUGUUCCUCAACGCCGGCGACACGUUCCAGGGGACAGCGUUCUACACGUUACUCAAGUGGCGGGCCGUCGAGCGGAUGGUCCGGAAACUCGGCAUCGACGUCAUGUGUUUAGGAAAUCAUGAAUUCGACGACGGUGUCGAAGACGUUGCAAUGUACAUUCGAAACAUAACCAUUCCAGUAGUAGCUAGUAAUCUCGAUCUAACAAACGAACCAUUAUUGGCUGACGAACCAAACUUGAUGAAAUCAAAAGUUCUGACGGUGAACGGUCGAAAAAUUGGAAUCAUCGGAUACUUGACACCGGAGACAGCGGUGAGUAUUACACAUACACAUUACUCAGUGCUGUUUUGGAGGGUUUAG